AUGAGAAUUAUUCGGAUCGGUCAAAAAUCAAGAAAGUUAUGGCCAUAUACUGAAUCGUCCUUUUCCGCACUCAACCGUCCCCAAUCUCCUUUUGUGUUUUCGAGUCUCAUUUUAUUUCAUAGGUUUUUCUAUUUGUCAUCCAGUCAUGUGACAUUAUUUUAUUUUUGUUCUAGAAAAUCUUUAUUUUUAUAUUUGUUCUUUUUAAUUCAAUAUAUUUUUAGCUAUAUUUUACAUAACUAUCCAAUUCUCUAUUCGAAUAUGCAGAUAUUCGUAAAAACGUUGACUGGAAAGACCAUCACUCUUGAAGUUGAAGCCUCGGACACAAUUGAAAAUGUCAAGGCCAAAAUUCAGGAUAAGGAAGGUAUCCCGCCGGACCAACAGCGUUUGAUCUUCGCCGGUAAGCAGCUCGAGGACGGUCGCACUCUCGCGGACUACAAUAUCCAAAAGGAGUCUACUCUCCAUUUGGUUUUGCGUCUCCGCGGUGGAAUGCAAAUUUUUGUGAAGACUCUUACGGGAAAGACUAUUACUCUUGAAGUGGAAGCCUCGGAUACGAUUGAGAAUGUUAAGGCUAAGAUUCAGGACAAGGAGGGUAUUCCGCCUGAUCAGCAGCGUCUGCUUGAAGAUGGCAGAACUCUUGCGGAUUAUAACAUUCAGAAGGAGUCUACACUCCAUCUUGUUCUUCGUCUUCGCGGUGGAAUGCAAAUUUUCGUUAAGACGUUGACAGGCAAGACUAUCACUCUUGAAGUUGAGGCAUCGGAUACAAUUGAAAACGUCAAAGCUAAAAUUCAAGACAAAGAGGGGAUUCCGCCAGACCAGCAGCGUCUGAUCUUCGCUGGUAAACAGCUCGAAGACGGUCGUACCCUUGCAGACUACAACAUUCAGAAGGAGUCUACACUCCAUCUUGUUUUGCGUCUUCGUGGAGGAAUGCAAAUCUUUGUCAAGACUUUAACUGGAAAGACUAUCACUCUUGAAGUUGAGGCAUCUGACACGAUUGAAAAUGUCAAGGCCAAAAUUCAAGACAAGGAGGGCAUUCCACCAGAUCAGCAGCGCUUGAUCUUCGCUGGCAAGCAGCUUGAGGAUGGUCGCACUCUCGCUGACUACAACAUCCAAAAGGAGUCCACGCUUCACUUGGUCUUGCGUCUUCGCGGAGGAGAGAACUAA